AUGGCCGAUUCAAGGCCACCCCGUGAAGAGCUUCCGGACUCUGAUCCAGAGGACUCAUCAGAGGAGCUGACGGAGGUGGUGUGUCUAGAGUCAGACCUGAAGGAUGGACAGAUGAUGGAGGUGGAAGUGGGAAACCACAGCGUGCUGUUGACACGCAGUGAAGGCAGAUACAGUGCCAUUGGUCACCAGUGUACACACUAUGGAGCUCCACUCAGCAAAGGAUUUAUUUCAGGCAACACAGUUCGCUGCCCGUGGCAUGGAGCCUGUUUUAACAUCCAUACAGGGGACCUGGAGGAAUACCCCGGCAUGGACUGUUUACCGUGCCACAAGGUCAAAAUUCAAAACAAAAAAGUGUAUGUGUCUAUUAACAAAAAGACCCUCAGGCAAGAAAAAAGAGUAAAGAGUAUGGGGGCUUUAGUACCAGGAGUUAAUCAGACUGUGCUGCUGCUGGGAGGAGGAGCUGCGUCACUGAUCUGCGCUGAGACUCUGCGGCAGGAACACUUUGGAGGCAGAAUCAUCAUGGUCACCAGAGACGAACUUUUACCUUACGACAAAACACGACUCAGCAAGGUAAUGAAUGUACAGAGCGACAGUAUUCUGCUGAGGAGGAUGGAGUUCUACCAUCAGUACGACAUUGAGUUGUGGCUCCGGAAAGAAGCAGUGUCACUGGACACAGACAAGAAGACAGUCACAUUUGAUGAUGGUUUAGUCCAGAGCUAUGACCAGCUCCUCAUCUCAACAGGCUGCAGAGCGAAGGCUCUGGAUGUGCCUGGCACGAAGUUGGACAACAUCAAGAUGUUAGAGACACCAGAGGACGCUCGGCAAAUCCACGCAGCCUGUCUGGGUCACAACGUCGCCCUUGUGGGAACUUCUUUUGUCGGUAUGGAAGUUGCAUCUUAUUUAAUAAACAAAGCCUCCAGUAUCACAGUGAUCGGCAGCAGUGAGUUGCCGUACCAGAACACACUGGGACGGGAAGUUGGCAAAGUCACCAUGACGAUGCUGUCAGAGAAAAAUGUGAAGUUUUACAUGAAUGAUAAUGUGACGGAGAUCAAAGGUGUGGAUGGCAAGGUGAAGGAGGUUGUGCUUAAAAGUGGAAAAGUUAUUCCAGUAGAUGUUUUGAUUGUUUGUAUUGGCAUCAAAGCAAACUCUGAGUUUCUGCGGAGCAGCAAAAUACAGCUGGACCCAAAAAACUUUGUAACAGUCGACAAGCACAUGCGCACCAACAUCCCCAGUGUGUACUGUGGAGGCGACCUGGCCACCUUCCCUCUGGCGAUGGCCAAAAACCGCAUGGUCAACAUCGGACACUGGCAGAUGGCACAGGCACACGGGAGGAUAGCAGCUUUGAACAUGCUGGAUAAACAGACUGAACUCAACUCAGUUCCUUUUUACUGGACCGUCCUACUGGGUAAAACCAUCCGAUAUGCAGGCUAUGGGGAGGGAUACACUGACAUUGUAAUAAAAGGAAGGUUUGAGGACAAGAAGUUCCUGGGAUUGUACAUGAAGAAUGAUGAGGUCCUAGCAGCAGUGAGCCUAAACUACGACCCCGCGGUGUCUGCAGUAGCCGAGAGGUUCGCAGCAGGAAAAGUCAUCACGAGGGAAGAGGCUGAAUCAGAUGACCUGAGCUGGCUGCAGGUGCCUCGAUCCACACGGUCCGCCCCUCUCAACACGUCAUCUUUAGAAUGUUGA